AUGGCGCUGGAGGUACAAAAUGCAUCCGGGACCGGACCGUCCACUGGACCCAGAUCUCAUUACCCAAUAGGUGUUGACUGGCGCGAACUUUUGAAGCCCCUCUCUAAGGCUGCAAAGGGACCCCCUCCCCGUCAGCUUGAUCGUGAGACCCCAACAGCUGCAUGUAAUCUGAUAUUUUCGACCUUGAAAUUCCCCAAUAUCAGACGAUCUGCCGGCCAAGAAAGUCUAGUAAGUGCCCAUCCCGCACUAACCUUGGUCAUCAAGCGCGUCCACAUACCCGGGGGAUGGCUGUCAGCCAUAUCUGAGCCCGGCCACCCAAGCCACGACUGUGUCCACUACGGGAAAAGAGGGCAGGAGAGCAUGCAGAAAUGUACAGGGAUUCGGGCAGCACCCGAUCCCCGGUCCACGAGAGAUGGGCACGUAGUGUCGUUCACUGCUGUUGAAUCCAGAUCAAACCACGUCACUCCGUGCAUUCGCCAAUCCCGCCUCUACCCCCUUGUCAAAGCCUCAAGCCAACUCCCACCACCUGUUAUCAGCUCCACACGGCAUGACCUACCCAUCGACAGCAGCAACAUGAGCGAAGACCAAGACUCGGAUUCAGCAACAACUGAGUACCAGUUUGUUUUUGGUACAGACCAACCAGGCGCCCGCAGCCAUGCGAUGCGACAGUUCUGGAGAAGGAGGCACCAAGCCCUCCAAAAUUCCCCUCAAACUAUUCGACCUCAGCUUAGAACACUGCUCCCGAAGGAUUAUAGCUCAGAGAGCAGAGGAUACCAGCAGGACGUGUCCCCAGGUCAGACCCCUGAUCCACAAGCGGAGGAAGGUCAACCAGGCUCUGCCUACGCGAGGAUUUCAGAUUCAGACGUCAGUCAUGCGCAGCAGUCCUCGAUCAUUCAAGGACCUGGCCCGAAAAUGCCGGGAGGAAAAAACGAUGCUCUCCAGGCAGCUGAUGUCAAGAUCUAUUCAGGGCUCGAUUUACAUGCUAGUUUUGGCCCCGGCUUGUCACAGAGUACCGGGUUUGACCCCGUACGUGAUGUCUGGUUGCCUUUGGAUCUGUCGAACAGUGCCUCGUUCUGCGCUCUAAUGGCUCAUGCGGCAGCUCAUGCAGCCCACCGUCAAGGCCAGACAAGGUCGAUAGGAUCGGAAAAGUUUAGAACCCUGGCUGUGGGCAUCAUUGCAAAAUGGCUGGCCGAUGAAAGAAGAUCGACACAGGAUGACACGAUCACGGCUAUUGCACGUCUCUUGAUGUUCGAGAAAUAUUGGGCCAUCGAUGAUCAAUGGCGUGCCCAUAAAAAUGGCCUUGUCAGCGUUAUCAAUGCAAGGGGUGGUGUAGAGAGUUUCCGGGCGUUCUCUCUGGCAGAGCCGUCAAGAAGUUCCUCCCCAGCGCAUGGCUGGGAAAUCUCAGAGUACUUUUUUCCCGCCACCGUUCAUCCAGCAAUCGAGCUUCGACUACAUCAGGUUAACCCCAAGGCCUCCCAAGGGCUAAGCCCCUACCCUGAUAUCCAUGAAACGAUAACAUUCCUGGCGAGUUCCUCAAACGUAUCGCUAAACGCAUCGCCCAAUGUCCAAGAUCGCACGCUCCUCUGCUUAUUAAUACUUGCUGUGAUAUUCCAAGAGUCACUCUACUCGUCGUCCCCGGAACUCGGUCGCUAUUUCACCGACAAACUGGCAGUACUAAAUGAAGCGCUGUCUAAGAGCAAGAAUAUAUGGAAACGCUCCUCGCACGAGCUAUAUGAGUUUCUGAUGGGGGAUCAUUUCGAUCUUCUGCUCAGCCCCUCAGCUCGCAGUUUCAUCACCAAGGUGGCCCAAAACCUGGUUUAUUUGAAUGAGGACGCACAGGCCGCUGUCGCAAAAUGCCUUCUCAACAGAGUUCUGUGGCAGAGCCAAGAUGUGAAGGCUGAUACAAACUUCCAAAGUGAUGGAACGCUCUAG